GCCAGCAGGAAGAGGACUCAGUGAGCAGUCAGCCAGCCAGCCAGCAAGCCAGAGAGGACGAGAGAGACGCCAAGCUUGGGAGGCAGCAGGAGGCCCCCUCCCCAGCUGGCCACCAUGGGCCGCUGGGGCAUGCUGCUGCUUCUGCUGCUGCUCCUGACUGGCAGCUCCUCCCAAGAGGAAGGGGCAGAAAACCAGACCCCAAGCUGUCCCAAAGACGCCACCCGCUUCAAGCACCUCAGGAAAUAUGUAUACAACUAUGAAGCCGAGAGUGCCAACAGCGUGGCUGGCACUGCAGACUCAUACAGUGCCACCAGAAUCAACUGCAAGGUGGAGCUGGAGGUCCCGCAGUUGUGCAGCUUCAUCCUGAAGAUGAGCCAGUGCACCCUGAAGGAGGUCUACGGCUUCGACCCAGAUGGCAAAGCUCUGCUGAGGAAAACCAAGAACUCGGACAGAUUCGCCGCUGCUAUGUCCAGGUAUGAACUCCGGCUCAGCAUACCGGAUGGGAAGCAGGUGUUCCUGUACCCCGAGAUGGAGGAGCCUGUGCACAUCCUCAACAUCAAGAGAGGCGUCGUCUCUGCGCUGCUGGUGCCCACAGACACGGAGGAGGACAAACGGGUGCUCUCCCUGGACACCGUGUACGGGAAUUGUUCCAGUGACAUCACAGUCCGGACAAGGAAAGGAAAUGUUGCAACGGAAAUAUUGAUUGACAGAAACCUGGAAAAGUGUGAUGGAUUCAAGCCCGUCAGCAAGGCUGCUAGUCCAAUCGCCAUCAUCAGGGGCCUGGGUGGCCCCUUGUCAAAGCUGCUCAACAGUCGGCAGGAGUGCGUGUACACUCUGGACCCUCGGAGGAAGCACGUGGCGGAGGCCUUCUGCAGGGAGCAGCAUCUCUUUCUGCCCUUCUCCUACAAGAAUCAGUACGGCAUGGUGGCCCACAUCACCCAGACUCUGAAACUGGAAGACACCCCCAAGAUCAACAGCCGCUUCUUUGAUGAAGAUGCUCUUCAAAAGAGAGGCCUGGCCUUGGAGAGCGUGGAGACCACGGCCCCUGCCAAGGAGGGCGGGGACAUGGUUCUGAAGACCCUCCAGGAGCUGCAGAAACCAACAGCCUUGGGGCAGAACGAACACCGGGCUAAGCUCUUCAACAGACUGGUCGCUGGCCUGAGAGGCCUCAACGAGGAGGCCAUGACGUCGCUUCUGCCCAAGCUUCUGGAAACCUCCAGACCCCUAAGCCUGCAGGCCCUGGUGCAGUGUGGGCAGCCCCAGUGCUACUCCCACAUCCUGCGCUGGCUGAAAACCGAGAAAGCUGACCCCAUGCUGAUCGACGCUGCCUCCUAUGUCAUGGCCCUGAUGCCCAACCCCUCUGCCCAGGCACUUCAGGAGAUCUUCAAGGUGGUCCAGGAACGGCCAAGCCGCAUCACUCUCUAUGCCCUGAGCCACAUGGUGAACAAAUUCCAUCCCCAAACCCCAUCGGUGUCACAGGAGCUGAAGAAGGUUGCUGACUACCUGAUUUCGCGGCUCGGGGAUGAGUGUGUGGGCAAUGAGGAGGACAUUUACCUUACCCUCAGGGUCAUCGGCAACAUGGGCAGAACCCUGGAGGAGGUGAGCCUGCAGCUCAAGGCUCACCUUCUGAAAUGCAUCCAGAGCCCAACGCCGUCCCUGGCAGUGCAGAAAGCUGCCAUCCAGGCCCUCCGGAAGAUGGAGCUGAGUGAGGAGGUGCAGAGCGUCCUUCUCCAGACCUUCUUGGACAGCGCCUCCCCCGAAGAGAAGAGGUUGGCCGCCUACCUCCUGCUGAUGAGGCAGCCGGCCCGCCAGGGUCUCCGCCAAGUAAUCGGCGCUCUGCAGACCGAGAAGAGCGAGCAAGUGAGGAGCUUCGUGGCCUCUCACCUCGCCAACAUCUUGGUCUCCGAGGAUGUGAGCGUACAAGACCUCAGAAGCCAAGUGGAAGAUGCUCUUCAAGGUACCCAGCUCCCGACAGCCAUGGACUUCAGGAGGUUUUCUCAGAACUAUCAGCUCUCCAAGGCUUUUUCUAUCCCCAAUUUAAGCCCCUUCUCAGCCAAGGUGGAAGGGAACCUUCUGUUUGACCCCCACAACUACCUUCCUAAGGAGACCAUGCUGAAGACCACCCUCUCCAUCUUUGGCUUCCAUCCCGCCGACCUCUUUGAGAUCGGCUUGGAGGGGAAGGGCUAUGAGCCGGCCUUAGAGGCCCUCUUUGGAAAGCAGGGCUUCUUCCCAGACAGCGCCAGCAAGGCCUUGUACUGGGUGGAUGGUCGAGUUCCUGCCCCCGUCUCCAAGGUCUUAGUGGACCACUUUGGCUACACCAAGGAAGAGAAGAGGGACCAGGACAUGGUGAACGGGCUUAUGCUCAGUUUCCAGAAGCUCAUCAAGGACUUGGGGUCCAGGGAGGCCCCUGAGGCCCAGGCCUAUCUGCGCAUUCUGGGUGAGGAGCUGGGCUACGUCAGACUAGAGGACCUCAGGGUCCUGGGCAUGAUGCUGCUGAGGACAGUGAAGUCCCUGCGGGGCCUUCCUCAGACGAUUACAGAGGCCCUCACCAAGGGCUCCUCGAGCGACCUCUUUGUUCACUAUAUCUUCAUGGACAACACCAUUGAACUGCCCACGGGAGUUGGGCUGCCUCUCCAGCUGUCCACGUCUGGCCUGGUCACCCCUGGACUCAAGGCCGGGAUGAAGCUCCAUGUGGCUAAUAUGCAGGCAGAGCUAGUGGCCAAACCCUCCUUGUCUGUGGAGUUUGCCACCCACCUAGGGGUCACUGUCCCAGACUUUGCCUGGAGUGGCGUCCAGAUGAAUUCCAACCUCUACCACGAGUCUGGCGUGGAGGCCCGGCUGGCUCUGACCAAGGGCCGACUGAAGUUGGCCAUCCCUGCUCCCAAGGGCCCAGUCAAGCUCUUCAAAGCCAGUAACACCCUCCACCUAGUCUCUACCACCGCGUACUCCAAGGUGAUCCCGCCCUUGAUCGAGAACAGGAAGGCCUGGUCAGACUGCAAGCCGCUCUUCAGGGGCCUCAAUUACUGCUCCACCCUGACUUACUCCAACGCCAGCUCCACUGAGGCCGCCCCCUACUACCCACUCACCGGGGACACCAGGUUUGAACUGGAGCUCCAACCUACUGGGGAAGUAGAGGAAUACACUGCCAGCGUGCACUACGAGCUUCAGGGGGAUGGCAGGGACUCGGUGGAUCAGCUGCGCUUCUCUGUCCAGGCAGCACCAACACCCAGCGAGGCCACGCUGACCUUCAAAUACCACCGAAGCCGUAUGGACUUGACCAGCGAACUCCAGGUGCCAGACUUGGGAGUGGACCUUGGUACCAGCCUGAGAAUCCGUGACCAGUCAGACGAGGAGAAUGCGUUCUACAGCCUCACCUUGGACGUUCAGAACAGGAAGACCACAGAAGUGACCCUUACCGGCCACAUCAGGUGUGACCGCAAGGAGCAGGGCACGAUGGGCGUCGUGCUCUCGGUGCCCUUCCUGCAGGCUGAGGCCAGGAGUGAGACCUUCAUCCACCGCUCAGCCAAGAAACUUCUGCUUCAGAUGGACAGCUCAGCGACCGCCCACGGCAUGACGGUGUCCAAGAGGAUGGCGUGGCGCCAUGAUGACAAGAAGCUUGAGUUUGAGUGGAACAUGGGCACCAACACGGAGACCAGGAAGCUGACAUCCAGACUCCUCGCGGAGGCCUCCCGUUAUGGAGGGAGCUUGCACCAGUACUCACAGGACUGGCUGGACCGCAAGGUCGCCCACACAGACAUGACAGUCCGCCACAUGGGCUCCAAAUUAAUAGCGGCGACCAACACGUGGCUUCAGAAGGCAUCCCAGGGGCUUCUUUACACCGAGACCCUGCAGAGGAAGCUCCGAGACCUCCAGGAAUGGGAAAUCCCAGAACUCCAGUUCCCUGAGCACCUGUUCCUGAAAAGUGACGGCCGGGUCAGGUACACACUGAACAAGAAUCACGUGGAGCUGGAGAUUCCUUUGCUUUUCGGUGGGAAGUCCCUGGAGCAGCUUCAGCUGGGCCGGGUGAUCCGGACACCAGCUCUGGAUCUCCAGGCCAUCGGGCUGCAGUGGCCCGCACGAGAGUUCCACCUCCCGCCACUGGCCAUCCCCAGGUCCUACCCCCUGCAGGUGCCCCUCCUCGGAGUCCUUGAGCUCUCCACCAACGUCUACAGCAACCUCUACAACUGGUCGGCUUCCUACACCGGCGGAAACACCACUGCCGCCACGGCUGAGCACGUCAGCUUCCAGUCCCGCUACCACAUGAAAGCCGACUCGGCCCUCGACCUUUUCUCCUAUAGCCUGCAAGGAUCUGGGGAAACAACUUAUGACCAUAGGAAUACAUUUACUUUAUCCUGUGAUGGAUCUCUGCACCACAAGUUUCUGGAUUCAAAUAUCAAGCUCAGCCACGUAGAAAAAUUUGGAAAUAAUCCGGCUUCCAAAGGUUUCCUAACAUUUGAUGCUUCCAGUGACUUGGGGCCACAGGUGGCCUUUUCAGUCCACAUAGAUUCAAAGAAGAAGUUGCAUUUGUACGUCAAAGAGAUCAAAGCAGACGGUCAGCUCACAGCUCUUUCCUUCUACACUAAGAGCACAUAUGCCCUGUCCUACCAGAGAGAUGUCAGCACAGGCCACAUCACUGGAGAGUCCAAUCUGAGGUUGGACUCCUCCGUCUUCCAGGCCACCAACCAGGUGACGGGCAGGUAUGGGGACGGAAGUCUCUCUGUCACCUCUGCCUCCAGCCUACAAGACGGCACUGUAAAAAACACCGCUUCCUUGACGUACGAAAAUAGCCAACUGACUCUGAAAUCAGACACCACCGGAAAGUACUCUGACCUUGCAGCUGCCCACAAGCUGGACCUGACUUUGGCGCGGCAGAGCGCUCUGCUCCGAUCAGAGUACCGGGUUGAUUUCCAGACCCUGAAGGUCUUCACCCUGCUCUCAGGCUCCCUCAGUUCCCGUGGCCUAGAAUUAAAUGCUGAUCUCCUGGGCACAGAUCAAAGUAGCAGCGGAGCCCACAAAGCGACUCUAAGGAUUGGGCAGGAUGGCGUGUCAACCAGUGCUACCACCAAUCUGAAGGUCCUUCCACUGAUGCUCGAGAGUGAGUUUAAUGCUGCCCUGGGACCUCUGGGAGCCUCCUUGAAAGCGAUGACUAACGCACGCUACCGGGAACACAGUGCAAAGUGCUCUCUGGACGGGAAGAUGGCCCUCACAGAGGUAGCCCUGGGAAGUGUGUACCAGGCCACGUUUCUGGGCAUGGACAGCAAAAACAUCUUCAACUUCAGGCUUAACAAAGAGGGGCUGAUGUUGUCCAAUGACAUGAUGGGCUCCUAUAAGGAGACCAAGCUGGAGCACGUUAAUAGCCUGGCCAUUGCCGGGUGGACCUUGGACUUCACCUCAAAGAUGGAUAACUUGUUGAGCCCGGGCAAACUCUAUCAGCACAGUUUUAAUCUCCAGCUUCAGCCUUAUUUCCUCACAGCUACCCUGAACAACAACCUCAAGUAUAAUGCCCUGGAUCUCGCCAACACGGGCAAGUUGAGGCUAGAACCACUAAAGCUAAGUCUGGGGGGUAACGUGAAGGGCACCUUUGGCAAUGAGGAAAUCAAACACAUCUACACCCUGACGUAUGCUGACUUGUCCGCGAGUUACAAAACGGACACCCUGGGCAAGGUGCGGGGCGCAGAGCUGACUCACCGGGUCAGCGCCAACCUCGCCGGGCUGGCUUCUUCCAUCAACGUCCACACCACCUACAACUCAGAGUCCCUGCAUUUCAGCAACGUCUUCCACACCAUGAUGGAGCCAUUCAAGCUGGCCAUGGAUGUGCACACCACAGGCAAUGGGCGCCUGAUCCUGGGUGGAGAGCACACGGGUCAGCUCUACAGCAAAUUCCUGCUGAAAGCAGAGCCUCUGGCCCUCACCUUCUCCCAUGAUUACAAAGCAUCAUCAGGCCACCAGCUCCGCUCCCGGAGGAGCAUCGAGACCAUGCUGGAUCACCAGGUCAGCGCCCUGGUCACUCCGGCUGAGCAGUCCAGCACCUGGAAGAUCAAGGCCCUGGCCAACAAAAAUGUGUAUAACCAUGAGCUCCAGACCUACAACACCAAGGACAGAGUGGGCAUGGAGCUCAGGGCAGGGGCUGUUGCUGACCUCGCUGUGCUUGACUCACCCAUGGAGCUGCCAUAUUUGUUCAACGAGCCCAUUAAUGUCAUCGAUGCGUUUGACCUGAGGGCUGGCGUUGGCAAGCCUCAGGAAUUCAGUCUCACUGGUACCAUCAGGUAUGAUAAGAACCUGGACAUUCAUGUGAUCAACCUUCCGUUCUUGGAGAGCCUGCCUGCUUAUUUUGAGAAGGUGCGAGGAGCCAUCCUAGCCACCCUCCAGAGCCUCCAGCAGUACCUGAAAAGCAUCAACAUUGACCACUACGUGAAGCACUACCGAGCGGCCUUAGACAAGCUCCCACAGCUGGCUAAUGACUUUCUCCGAAACUUUAAUUUUGAAGGACAUGUUAUAAAUGCAAAAGAGAAACUAAUCGCUUUUAUGGAAAAUUAUAAGAUAACAGUCGAUGAUCUGCAAAUUUCCUUAGAUAAUGCCAAAAUCAGGCUCAAUGAAAUCACAUCUCAGUCUCACACUUACUUGAUACAAUUUGAUCAGUAUAUUCAAGAUAAUUAUGACCUACAUAAAUUAAAAGAAUUUAUUGUAGAACUAAUCGAUGCAAAAGUGAAAGAAUUAAAGGUUUUGGAGGACAAGUAUCAAAUCUGUUCUCGUGUGAUGAUAUUAAUCCAAAGUGUGUAUGAAUUUGUUGAAAAAAUCAAUGUAAAUAAAGUCCAUGCCAUAGUCUGGACUCGAGCUCAAGUCCUUGAGAAGCUGCAGCAGCUAAAACAGCAGCUUCAGAAUUUUGAUUUCCAGGCCUGGGCUGAUUGGCUCAAAGGGCAAGUAGAGACCAUUGAUGUCAGAGUGUACAUGGAGUUCCUGAGAACGUCACUGCCAAUCCAAGAACUAAACAGGGUUAUUGAGUAUAUCAAAGAGAUUGUCAUGAAUCUGUUAGAAGAUUAUGAGGUGACUGAAAAGAUCAAUGCUUUUAGAGCUAAAAUCCAUGGGCUGGCUCGCAAGCAUGAGCUACACAAACGUGCCCAGGUCCUAAUGGAUAAGUUAGUCCAAUUAGCCAACCAAUACAAGCUGAAAGAAACCACUCAGAAACUGACCAACGCCCUGAAAAAAGUCGACAUCAAAGCCUACUUUGAGAAACUGCAGACUCUGGUUGAUAAGGCUGUCAAGAAAGCACAGAUGGUGAAAUUUGAGCAACUGAUUGUUGAAGUGAACAAAUUCCUCGACCUCUUGGUACAGACCCUGCGGUCUUUUGACUACAACCAGUUUGUGGAUGAAGCCAACAAGAUAAUCCAUGAGCUGAUCCAGAAAAUCAACAAGGAGAUCCGGGCUCUGGAGCUUCCACAGAAAAUCGAGGCUGCCAAAUUGUAUGCAGCAGAGGUCAGAGCCACCCUCUCAGACUACCUGGAGAAGAUCAAAGACACACGGCUCACAGUGAUCUCCGACUGGCUCUGGGAUGUUCUGAGCUCCACUUCUGGAGCUGACAUCAAAGGGAGGCUUCAGGAAAUCCUUGAAGACACACGAGACCGACUCUACAAACUGGACAUUCAGAAGGAAAUCCAACAACGCCUGCAAACCCUCAGCCAGGUUUACAGCACCCUCGUCACCUACGUCGUGGACUGGUGGAUGCUGGCUGCCAAGGAGCUAACCGACUUUGCUGAGCAGUACCACAUCAAAGAUUGGGCCGAGAAUGUGAAAAGCCUGGUAGAGCGAGGCUUCACUGUCCCUGAGAUCAGAACGGCCCUCGGCACACUGCCUGCCUUCGAGGUGAGCCUGAGAGCUCUCCAAGAAGCCACCUUCCAGACUCCCGAUUUCAUCGUCCCCCUGACAGACUUACGCAUCCCUUCUGUUCAGAUCAACAUGAAGAAAUUGAAAGACAUCAGGGUUCCAUCACGCUUUACCACUCCAGAAUUUUCCAUCCUCAACACCUUUGUGGUUCCGUCCUUUACAAUUGACCUCAUAGAAAUCAAACUCAGGAUCAUUAGGACCAUUGACCAGAUGCUGUCCAGCGAAUUCCGGUGGCCCCUGCCAGAAAUCUCUCUACAGGAUUUGAAGGUGAAAGACACACUUCUUGCCGCACUCACCCUACCAGACUUCCAUCUCCCAGAGGUGACCAUCCCAGAAAUUGUGAUUCCAAAGCUAAGCCUAAAUGAAUUUCAGGUUCCUGAUAUUCAGAUCCCAGAAUUUCAACUUCCCCAUAUCCCCCACACAGUCACAAUCCCAACCUUUGGCAAAAUGUCUGCUGCUUUGAAAAUCACAUCUCCUUUUUUCACCCUGGUUGCCAGUGGGGGCAUUGAGAACACAACAACCUCAGCAAGGAGCCCGGAGAUUGUGGCCUCCAUGACUGCUGAAGGACAAUCCACAACGGACCUCCUGGAUUUCACUCUUCAAGCUGAUGCACACCUCUCGGCCCCUGAAAUGGAAAGGCUGGUUUUGAAGGAGUCUCUAAAGUUAUCCAGCAAAUACCUGAAGGCAGAGCAUGACAGCGAGAUGCUGUUUUUGGCAACCUCCAUCCUUGGCAAGGCGAACACUCUGGCCGGGAUCUACACAGACAAGAAUACCCUGGAGCUGGGCAACAGCUUGUCCCUCAAGCUACAGAAGCAAGUGACCUUUGAGAGUAACACAAAAUAUUCUCACAAACUGAACCUUCCUCAAGCAGACUUCUCAAGCCAGAUGGACCUGCGCCAUGAGCUGGGGACGCUGCUGGAAGCAGGGCAUGUAGCAGUGACUUCCACGGGAGUGGGGUCAUGGAAAUGGGCCUGCCCCCACUUCUCAGAUGAGGGGAUGCACGAGUCCAUCCUCAGGUUCACUGUGGAAGGGCCACUGGCUUCACUGGACGUGUCCAAUAAGAUCAACAGCAAACAUGUAAAAGUGACCCAAAAACUGGCCUCGGAAUCUGGCUUUCUCAAUUUCGCCAAAUUUGAAAUCCAGUCUGAAGUGGAGUCCCAGCACAUGGGCCAUAGUGUGCUCACUGCUCGAGGCUCAGGGCUGCUGGGAGAGAUGAAGGGAGAGCUCAUGGGCACCCACGAGGCUCGCUUGAAUGGAAGAGUGACUGGGACCUUGAAGAACUCCCUGUCCCUUUUGGCUCAGCCUUUCGAGCUCGGUGCAGAAGUGAAUAAUGAAGGCAACGUGAAGGUGAGCUUUCCUUUGAAGCUGACUGGAAAGAUAGAUUUCCUCAACAACUAUGCUCUGGCCCUGAGCUGUGACAUCCAGCGCAUCGGUUGGCAGUCGGGCGCCAGGUUCAAUCAGUACAGAUACAGCCAGAACUUCUCUGCAGGAAACAGUGAGAACAGCCUUGAAGCUCAUCUGAGCAUGAAUGGGGAAGCCAACCUGGACUUCUUAAACAUCCCGCUCACAGUUCCUGAAAUGACUCUGCCUUAUACCUCGCUCACAACUCCCCCCCUGAGAGACUUCUCCUUGUGGGAGAGGACGGGCUUGAAAGACUUCCUGAAGACCACCAAGCAAUCCUUUGAUCUGGAUGUGAAUGUUCAGUACAAGAAGAACAAGGACAGGUACACCAUCCCGUUCCCCCUCGGAGCUAUUUAUGACGCCCUUAGUCCAAACGUGGGAGCUGUCCAUCAGCACUUUGAGAAAGGCAGGGACAAGGCAUUCGAUUUCCUCACCAAGUCAUAUGAUGAGGCAAAGGUCAGGUUUGAAAAGUACAAAGUGGAAGCCUCUCUGGACAAGCUCCCGAGGACCAUGAGCAUUCCAGACUACUCUAUCCCAAUGCUCAACAUCUACGUCUCUCCGUUCAAAGCAGAGAUGCCGGCAUUUGGCUACUUGAUGCCCAAGGAGAUGAGCACCCCUGGCUUCACUGUCCCUGGCAUUGGCUUCUCCUUGCCAUCAUACACCUUUGUCCUGCCAUCCCUUGAAUUUUCAGUCCUUCACGUGCCCAGGAGUCUCCAGAAGCUCACCCUCCCAGGCUUUGAUAUUCUUCGGCCAUCAGACCACAUCCCAAUCCCAGCCAUGGGCAACUUCACCUAUGACUUUUCCUUCAAGUCAAGUGUCAUCACACUGAACACCAAUGUGGGCCUGUACAAUCAGUCAGAUAUUGUGGCUCAUUUCAGGUCAUCCUCCUUCUCCGUCAUUGAUGCUUUACAGUAUAAGUUGGAUGGGACCACUAGUUUGACCAGAAAGAGGGGUCUGAAGCUCGCCACGGCUCUCUCCCUAAAUAACAAAUUUGUGGAAGGGAAUCAUGACAGCACCUUCAGCCUGACCAAGAGGAACAUGGAGACCUCUGUGACCACCGUGGCCAAAGUGCAGUGCCCAGUGCUGAAAGCCAAUCUCCAGCAGACGCUCACUGGGAACAUGAAGCCAAAGCCCACCAUCUCUUCCUCCAUCAAGCUCAAGUAUGACUUCACCUCUUCCCGGCUGCAGAGCAGCGCCAAAGGGGCCGUGGACCACAAGCUCACCUUAGAAAGCUUUACAUCAGAAAGCCUCCCCCCUUACUUGUCCAUUGAGACAGACACCAAAGGCAGUAUCAGCGGCUCGGUCCUUUCCCAAAAGUAUUCUGCGGCCAUCUCCAGUGAGGCCAACUCCUACUUGGACAUCAAGAGCACACGCUCUUCAGUGAAGCUCGAAGGGACAUCCAAAGUGGACGGCAUCUGGAACGUGGAGGCAAAGGAAAACUUUGCUGGGGAGGCUUCUGUUGGGCACAUCUACACUGUCUGGGAACAUAAUGGGAAAAACUAUUUACAGCUGGGGAGAGGGCUUUCCACCCAUGGAGAGCAGAAUUACCGGGUGACGUUAGAGCUGGCUCCUUGGACUGUGUCCAGCAUGAUUCAAGUUCAUGCCAGCCAGCCCAGCACUCUCUUCAAUAAGGCCUCUGUCGGCCAGGUGGUAAGCCUGACUGCCAGCCCCAAGGACCAGCGGGCCAGCUGGAAAGGAGAGGGCCACCUUGAGACCGUGUCCCUCACUCACAACAUGCAGCUGCUUAAUGACCCAGCUGAAAUCCGCCUGGAGGCAGCCAGCUCUUUAGAAGGCUCCCUGUCCUUCCUCAAAGACACCCUCCUGCCCGUUUAUGACACCAGUCUGUGGGACAUCCUAAAGCUGGACGUGACCACCAGUGCUGACAGGAGACAGUCCCUCCACAUUUCCAGCGCCCUUGUUUAUACUAAGAGCCACACUGGCUACUGGUUUUCCAUCCCUGUGAAAGAAAUGGCCGAUGAAUUCAUCAUCUCUGGACCAGAAUGGAAGCCUUGGGUCACUCUGUCCUCCAGCCCAGAGAGUGGUUCCAUAAGAUUAGCCAAGAAGACCAGCAUGGCUCCCUUCACCCUCAGUUUACCAUCGCUGCCCCAACUAAAAUUCCCCAGAGUCGAAGUGUCCACAGAAUACUCGACAGCAGAAGGGUCCGCACUCCCCUUCUUUGCGGUGACUGUGCCUGAGUUCCAGCUCACCCUGUCUCCCUUCACUCUUCCCAAAAAGCUGCCCCUCGCUGGGGCCAUCUUUGAUCUGAAUGAGGCGGCUAACAAAAUUGCAGACUUUGACCUGCCGAGCAUCACUGUGUCUGAGCAGAACAUCAGGGUCCCGACUCUGACUUUCUGGCUGCCCACCGGGAUCUUUGUGCCUUCCUUCGGAGCACUGGCAGGAGACUUCCGAGUGGCAUCCCCAAUCUACAACACCACCUGGAGCUCCAACCUGAAGAGAAAAGAAGACCACGUGGAGAUGACUCUCGAGGCCACGUGCAGCAGCACGGUGCAGCCCCUGGAGUAUGACCUCAGCUAUGGGGCCACAUAUACCUUUGAAGAUGGUGUCUUGGUGGGGAAGAAGGGCACGUUCUCCCACAGGGAACUAAGUGCUGAAUAUAAAGGAAAUGUCAGGGUUCGAGGCCUUGAAAUUUUGGAGGCAACCGUGAUCCUCCAAGUCACCAGCCCCACGUUCACCAACGUCCUCAUAAGCUGCCAGGUAGAUGAAAGCAGCUCAUCCCUGACAGUCUCCUCUCCAGCCAUCGGCACCCUGGGCCUGGACAUUCACGAUAACCCCGUUGUUCUCCAGUGGAAGCUGUACUACCGUCCCAAGGUCUCCCCUGAAAGGAAGCUGGACCUGGCAGGGCUCGAGCUGUCCCAUCAUGACCCUGACUUCCUUCAUCUCACUGUGGACUGGAACGAGGAGACAGCAUCCGAGCUGGGGCAGAGCCUCACAGCCGCCUUGCCCCAGGCAGCAGAGACGGUCUACGCCUACCUGGACAGAUGCCACCGGGAGCAGACGGGCCUGGACAUCAGCAGCACCUCCGCCAAGCUGAGGAGGCUCCUCGAGAAGCGAGUGGACGAAGCCUAUCACGGGGUCCUGAACCAGAUAGAUGAGGCAGCUGUGCGGCUGCGCCGAGCAGCCAGGGAGACAGCCAGCACUUACCAAGAGUGGGAGGCCGGCGCCCAGCGCCUCUACCAGGCAGAACAGGCCAGCUUCCAGGAUCUCAAGAACAAGGGCUUCGAUGGGGCCUUGGGGGUGACACAGGACUAUCGCAAGAAAGCCCUACUCCUGAUGGACUCAGGCAUUGAGCUUCUGAAGGUCAGCCGCUUCCAGCUGCCCGGACAGGCAGACGGGUUCACGGGCGACGAGCUCUGCUCCGCCGUCCUGCGUGAAGCCACCAAGGCCUUGUCCCGGGCUUAUUCCAGAGUCCACCAAGCCUUAGAAGCUCUGCUCGCCUACGUCAAAGAUCUGGAUGAGAAUGCCGCCUUCCCAGACCUCCGCCAGGGGCUCGCCCAGCUGGGAGAGGGGCUCAGGGGCUUUUCUGAGAACAUCCAACGCAAAUUGGACGGGCUUCAGGCAGCCCGAUUUUCAGACAUUCUGAUUUCUCUGCAGUCAUUGACUGGCCGUGUCUUCCAACAGGUAGAAGAAAGUCUUCAAGCCUUGAAGGAGAAGACAUUUGUUUCCCUCAAAAAUGAAUUCCUGGACAAGGUCCGCCUCAUUUCCGAUCUCACCCCACAGGUAUUUACCUACCUGAGAGAACAUCUUAAGCACCUGCAGUCCUUUGUGCAGACCCAAUUUCAGGAGAUUUCUAGAAAACUAAGCCAGCUCCAUGACUAUGUCAAGACUCUUCGGGAAGAAUAUUUUGACCCAAACGUCAUUGGCUGGACGGUGAAAUACUAUGAAAUUGAAGACCGGUUCAUCGACUUGGCCAGAAGAAUCAUUGACGCCCUAAAGGAAUUCCAAUCUCAAGCCUGCCAGGCCUUUCUCAGCUGGGCUUCCAGACUGACCGAUGAAGUGGAAAGGCUCACAAGCACAUUUGUCCAGGAGUGCCUCGACCUAGUUCUGGAUGUUGAUGGAAAAGGGAAGGAGAGGCUCCGUGAGAUCUCUGUGACGGCCCAAGAAAGGAUCAGCAAUUGGGCAGCAGCAGCCAAGAGGAAGGCUGCCCAGCAUCGCGAGCGGCUCCUAGCCCAGCUGCAAGGCGCCUCAGAUGGGCUCUCUCGGGCUUUCCAGUGGGCCACCAAUACCGCUGCGAGGCUCAUCAGCCUCUCUGUACAAGGCUGCCAAGCUCUCCUCAAGUACGUGGCUGAGGCCCUGCACAGCCUGCAGGGGGUGACAGCCAGCAGCCUACACACCUACGUCCAGGCGCACCCAGGUCAGCUGCAGAUCAAGGUGCCCUAUCUUUUCCCCUAAUUCACCCAAGAGCCCAAACUAAGGGCAAUGCCCUUGGGGAAAACCAAGGGACACCCUCGAGACAGCUCAGAGCAGAAGGGAGACUUGGAGAGAGUCACUGAGCAGCCCCUCGCCAGCAGUCAACUCACUGGGCAGCUGAGGAAGCAAAUGGAGGCCCGAGUCCCCCAAGUUCUUGAAGCGGAUCCAAGGAUGGCCCCACUCACCCUGGGAGAGCCGGGAGCCUGUGGACCUCCCCUCAGGAGGAACUCUCUCCACCCAAGGGCAGAAAAUUUAAGGCUAUGGAAUUGGAACGGUUACAGGGGCUGGUGACCAGGGCGGCUGCACCUGUGGAACCAUGGCUUGGUCAGGGGGAGGGGGAAUGAAAAUGAUCAUCUGAAUUCUUUUACUAGACUUGGAAAAUACAAAUAAAUGCCUUGUUUAUUACA